CGUGACGUGUUUAGUGAAAACUUGUAAUUAUUAUACAUAUUGUUUCCUUACAAAAUUGUGUUGACUUGGGUAGUGACUGUCACAUUACGGGACUAGUUCCCUAGCUCCAGUGUUCGAGUUUCUCGUGAACUCAUGAACAUUGUAAAAGUAUGACACAGGCAGGUCUCCAAAAAAAUAAGCCGAUUACAAGGAUGCUAGAAUAAUCAUAACACAUUGCUGGGAGGACAGAAAAACAGCCACCGUGUGGACCGUGAGCUCAGCUCAUUCCUUCAUAGUAAGUCACUGAAACCUGAUUCAAACAAUAGUGGCUGCUACAGAUUCUUUGAUCGUGGAAAGUGACUUAACAGAGGACUGUGAGCAUUAACUGUCGUAAAGGUCGGCUAACAGAGAAAAUAUAUUAUUUUCACGAGUUUGUGGAAAGUGUAAUUAGAAUCUAAAAUACAAUGGAGAACUCUCAUAAAGACACUAACAUCUGUUUUCUGUAAGUGAUUAUGUUUGAGGAGAGGGGGAGUGCAGACAUGUGCAUGUAUACUUCUAAUACCUCCUUUUUAUUUUAUAUGUAUAAUGGAGCACGUAUCCUAUCUGAUACUGAUGUUAUUUGACAUUGUUGUUCAGAACAAUCACAUUUUGUUCGCACUCAUGGCCUGUUUCUGUGAGGGUCGUACUGUCUAAUGAUAUCGCUAAUUGUUUUCUGUUACACUAUCCCCCCAAGUAAAAAAUAUCUGACAGAUGUGGGACCUAGUGAAGACUCCGUGCACUUGGCGAUAUAUAUAUAAUAUGUGAGGUGAGUAACUUCUAGACAAUACUGCAGCCCAAAGAAGAAUCUGGUCGACUAGACCUCUAGAAACAGAAAUGUUGAAACCAGAAAAGGAGGAGAAACAAAGUUUCAAAUUGUUCUUCUCACAGGUUAUCAACUGACACACGAAGGCAUCACGUGGCAAAGGAAGACGUCUGGAAGCUUGGUCCUCACUAACAAGAAGACUGCGAGACAAUUCACUUUAGUGACAAGCUGACACAGAAAGACCAAUCACCUGGCAGCAGGAAUGGCGUUGAGACCUCUCCUCGUUUUUAUUUUCGUUUUACUGAAUCCCACCUUCAGAGGACAAAGCGCACAAGUCUUUGAGAGGGAAGAACCAGAAACAAGAAUAUUUCACAAAUGUAAGGGAAGUAACCUGACACUGUACGAGCCAGAUGACGAGGUUACCGUUCUUCACGUGUUUGUGUUUUACGGGAGAGAAUCUCUGGCCAGCUCUUCGGUACCCGCCACAGGAUUAUUUGAGAAACGUUUGACCGUUGACAAUAACGGAAGAGUCACCUUGACCAAUCUGACGUCAGAUGACCUGGGGAGAUACCGAGUGGAGGUCCAAGCUGAGGACAAGAUCACACACAACAUCAGACUGAUUAUUAAAGCUCAAUGUCUUUUGAAAGCGGGCUACAUGUGGUACCUGGGAACCUGCUUGAAGCUUUCGACGAAAGAGGUGAACUACGUUACUGCAAAAGUCAACUGCCAGGCAGACGGCGCUCACCUGUAUGACAUCAAGUCUCCGGUCUUAGACGAGGAGCGAGUUCGCUUCGCUGUCAAACAAGCAGGAUUAUCUCUCUCCAUCCACAUUUGGUUGGGAGGAAAUGACCUUGAGGUUGAGGGAGACUACCGCUGGAGUGACGGAACUCCUCUGUCGUCUUCCUCUAAAUUAUGGGCUACAGGUCAGCCUGAUGACGGCGAUGGAGGUCAGGACUGUAUUUUCCUAUACGUCACUUAUCUAAAGUUUGUAUUGUACGACGAUGGUUGCUCUUUCCAUAUGCAUUACCUUUGUCAGUACGAUGUGCGGAGAAAAACGGACAGUCCUGUCUGGUGACGUAGUAUUUCGCAAAUACCUGAAUGGCAGAUGACUGACUAAGGUCAGUUACGAGGGCGAGAUUAUGUCGUACUGGAGUAAAACCCAACAAUCAAACUGAUUCACGACACAAGUGGCUGUAGGAAUAGUUAUUCAAACAUCUACUGUGUAAAUAAGUCUCCAACCUUCUCUUCAUAUUUCUCCAAAUUUGUAUUAAUAUUAUUCUUUCGUUCUCUAGCUAUAAACAUCAUCGUCACAUAUAAACAUCCGCAUCAACAGAAAGCGGUCACAAAUACAGUUGACACGAUUGUUCAUCAGACCCUUUACGUUGCCAAGUCUUCAUCAUAUGGACGAGGUCGAUGUUUAUGAGGCUCAACCCCAGUUAAUCGUUAUUAGGAUGAGUUAUUACUGGUUAUUUGAGUGUGAAAUGUCUUUUGAUGAUAUCUACCGACUUGUCUUUCCAGUAGGUAAUAAAGUUAUUCACCCACAUUUAAAUAACUACUAUCUACUACUGAGGUUACAUCCAGGAAUUUAAAGACCACAGUUUCCACCAUUUUAACCCCACUGAGGAUGAGGUGCACCGUUACGCCAGCCUGACUUGAGGGCGUUUGUAACCCUAACCUCAAAUGGUUAAAUUAUAAAAUGAGAGUUUUGCUUGCAGAGUGAUACAGAAGAAAGUAUCUACAUGAAAACUGUUCUUUCUGUAAAAUUCACGUGAUGGUGUUGUAACAUUGAACAGAGAUGCAUACUUAGUAUGAGACAUAAUAUCUUUAGAAUCUACAGUUAAAUUUGUUCCCUAGACUUCAAAUGUAAUCAAGUAUCUAGUAUUGUUUAGCAUUCGUCUUACAAUUGUAAUAAAAAUAAUACUAAAUUUUAAUUUACUUUGCUUACAAUGCAGUUACAUGCUACUACUAAUCUGAGCAUAAAAUAAAACUGUACAUUUUAUUCCUGUAUGUUUGUAAAUAUUAUUAAAUAUAAUUAUAUCAAUAAACGCAUUUCAUACCAGUUGUUAUGUAACUGAUGUCACUGUAUUACAAAUGAAGAUGACACCUGUGUCUGUCACAAUGAGUGUCAACCACUGUCGUCAGCUUCAGUCGUUCAUAGAAAUGACUGUUUGUCUUUAUUAUACUUUAGUUAGCGAGGUUUACAGUUUUACCCACGUCAUCUUAACGCCUUGCAUACACAGCGAGUGAAAUUCUAUGAAACCAAACUUUUCAAGAAACUCUACAUACUACAGUGAUUCAAAAAAGAAUCUCCACACGUGCGUGCAGAUACACAUACACACGUGUACAACCAAUAUCACACUUUAUCAAACGUCUACUGCAGUAUCUUACUUACUUUCAUUGUCCUCAUCAUUCGCAAGUGAAGCUUUCAGCUGAUGUGUGGAUACCAUGUAGCUCUGUAAAUGCCAGUUUGCAGUCUUAUACAUAAAUAUACAGUUUACUGUAAUAUGUGUGCUUCUUUCUUAUCUGUUUUCGUAGCUGGAGGAAAGAUAAAUAUUGAUUACACAGUUCUACUCUUCCUUCUGAAAAAAAAAAUGCGUUUAAAAGAAUGCAUGAAUUGGUGUUUACAAAAUCUUACUAGCUGAUAUCUCUGUGACAAAUUAUCGUUGGUCAUGCGAUCUAACAAUACACAACAAGAGGUCAACAACACAGAUACCUUUAUGCUGUCGAGGCCUCUGUCAACGGAAAGGUGGUAAUACAGGUUAAUUACACCUAUGGUGACGUCAUACCUUUGUUUGUAGACUUAUUAUCUGUCUCUCCCCUCUCUCUCACCUGUACAGUUCUCCAUGUUGCCGUCUUUAUUUUAUUAACCACACAAAGCGGACACCACAGGAAGUACGUGUUCACAGCUCGUACUCAUGGCCGUUAAAGUAACGGGGACACUAACGGACAGGGAAAAGCCGAGAUCUGUGUCAACUGUGUAAACUUGAGGGGGACAGAGUUUCAAGUAGUUGGGGCUGACGAUCUCUAAGGAUAGCAGCUGAGUAAUGGACGUUCGAAAAACAACAACAAUGGCAUCGAUGGAGAGGCAGAACAACAUCUGGGACAGCAAAAGUAUAAGAUGAGGACUAAGUACAUACUUUAUACAAGUCGUCCCCAUAAUGCUGUCACGUGCACCUUGCUGACCAAGAAAGAGAGAGUAGGAUCCAGGCACUCGAAACUAAAUGCUUUAGGAGAAUUAUCCGAAUCUCUUGUAGGGGGAACAUAUCAAAGGAUUCUGUAAAAUGUUGUUGCCAUUCUGGUUGGUCCUCAGCGACCUUUGCUCUUCAAGAGACUAAAAUGGUCUUCUUUGGUCAUGUCUCCAACGACUGAUACUGGUACAGACUGCUCCCAGUCCGGCCGGUAUUAGUUCAGGAACUUCAUGCCCAUAACGACAUAUUC